AUGAAAAGUCGGACUGUUUAUCUCGACGGACCGAAUAAUGUUUUCCGCCUUAUUUGUGUCGUAUUGCUGUUCCAUUUGUGCGUUUAUUUGAAGUUAUUUUUUUUCUCAAACUUUAUUUUUGACUUAAAGACGUUCCGUACUGUGACAAAAUGGGGAAGAGACAACAUCAGAAAGACAAAAUGUACAUCACCUGCUCUGAGUACACGGAUUACUAUGGCGGCAAGAGAGCAGUGAUUCCUCAGAAUAACUUCAGACGUUUACCCUUUGACCAUUGCAGUUUAUCUCUGCAGCCAUUCCAGUAUCCAAUGUGCACGCCUGAAGGAGUUCUAUUUGAUCUCCUGAGUAUUGUUCCUUGGGUAGAGAAAUAUGGGACUAACCCAAUCACAGGCGAGAAGCUUGAAACCAAAUCAUUAAUCAAACUCAAUUUCAGCAAGAACAGUGAGGGAAAAUACCACUGCCCAGUGCUGUACUCUGUAUUCACAAAUAAUUCACACAUUGUGGCCAUUAAGAACACUGGAAAUGUGUUUUCAUACGAGGCAGUGGAGCAGCUUAAUAUCAAGACCAAAAGCUACAAAGAUCUGCUCACAGAUGAGUCAUUUACUCGCCAAGACAUAAUCACACUACAGGAUCCUACAAAUCUUGACAAGUUCAAUGUCUCAGAUUUUUUUCAUGUUAAAAACAAUUUGAAGGUUUUGAAUCCAGAUGAAGAAAAAGCAAAGUUGGAUCCAUCAUAUCACCUGAAAACAACAAACCUUGAGACCCAAGAGACAUUAGCUGAGCUGUACAAGGAAUAUAAAGGAGAUGAAUUGCUGGCCUCUACCAUGAAAGUUCCAGAGAAGAAGAAAACUGAUAAGCUCAAUGCUGCUCACUACUCCACUGGCAAGGUUUCUGCAUCUUUUACUUCGACAGCAAUUGCACCCGAAACAACACAUGAAGCAGAUUCCAUUGAGGAGGAUGUUGUCCGUUACCAGUAUGUGAAGAAGAAGGGUUACGUCCGGCUACACACUAACAAAGGCGACCUCAACCUGGAGCUACAUUGUAACAUGGUUCCAAAGACAUGUGAAAACUUCAUCAAGCUUUGCAAAACAGCGUAUUAUGACGGCACAGUUUUUCACAGGUCUAUUCGAAACUUUAUGAUUCAAGGUGGUGACCCAACAGGAACAGGAACAGGUGGGGAAUCCUGUUGGGGUAAGCCCUUCAAAGAUGAAUUCAAGCCCAACUUGUCACAUGCAGGCCGUGGGGUCCUCAGCAUGGCAAAUUCUGGACCAAACAGUAAUAAAUCUCAGUUUUUCAUUACAUUUCGUUCCUGCACUUACCUGGAUAGAAAACACACAGUCUUCGGAAGAGUUGUUGGUGGCUUUGAUACCCUAACUGCAAUGGAAAAUGUAGAAAGUGACCCCAAGACUGACCGCCCAAAGUCAGAGAUUAAGAUACUGAAUGCCACAGUAUUUGUGGACCCGUAUGAGGAGGCUGAUGCUGAGAUUGCAGCAGAAAGAGAAAAGGCUCUCAAACUAGAAGAAGAAGAAAAUGCAAAGGUUAAUGCUGUUCUCCCAAAGAGCAAGGCUGAAGAGAUGCCGAAGACUUACCGUGCAGGCGUUGGGAAAUAUAUUAAUAUGUCACAACUAAAACGUGCCAACAAUGGAGUGGAUGAUGAGCCAUCAACAAGUGGAGCAGGUCCUACAACAAGCAAAAAACUGAAAGGAAAGACAGGCUUUGGCGAUUUCAGUUCCUGGUAGCAUGGCAGCAUUUGGGGGAAAAAAAUAACUCCUGACUAUUGCAACACAAGAAGAUGACGAAUUGCCAUCCAAAAUAUGCUUCUUGUGUUUCUUUCAACAUAAUAAUUACUACUCCUUUUAAUUCCCUUUUGCCCUCUGUACUUGCCCCAUUUUUAUUUUGUUUCUUUUUAUAUAAAUGCAGACUGAAUAAAAUUACAGCAACUGUAAAGCUUCUCACCACAUCACUUGCAGUGUCUGGGCCACAUUAAAUCAGGCCCUACUUACAUCCUGCCAGGGUGGCGUUUGCUGAAGUGGCCCCCCAAGGGAGGGUCUGUAUUUUCCAUUGCUGGAUUGGCACGCUAUAAAAGCUUGUGGCAAGCUCAAGGCAUUUUCCUGCCACCAGAAGAGCUGCACCCAGACCUCAAGGAAAGAAAAUCGAUUUUAGCUUCUCUUCCCUCGUGCACUGCCUCCCAUAUUAAAUAAAGACUGAGAUCCCAGGAGACCAAUGAGCAGAAGGCAGGAACAAUGACCUCAGGGCUAGGCCCUGGCAGUCACAUAAUAGGGAAAAAGGGGCUUUUAAAUGUUGCAUUAGUGUCUUAAUUAAACUGCACUGAUAGAGAACCAGAUGAUUAUAAAUAAUGUAUGAAAUGUAGAAGGUUUUAACACACAAUGGUGUUGACAAAUGCUUUUUCAUUUAACUGAAAAAUGGUGAAUACCACUUGAUUUGUUUAUUGUGUUGUUUGUAUGACAACUUUUUAAAGAUGCAGUUAAAGGAAGGAUGUCUUCCACUUUUUUGUAGGAACUAUAGCAGCUGUUCCUGUUAUUGUCAAGUGGGCUAUGAAUUAGUUUUAUUUUGGUAACUUUUUAAAAUUAGCUUCCAUGUGGUUUACAUUUGACUAAGGUGUUUUUCACUACUCCCCACCAUCUGGGCAUUUAUUUAUUUAUUUUGGCCUGUGCUUAGUGAUAAAUCCCACCAUCUGUUCAUUUAAAAAAAAAAAAUAAUAAUCUGAAUAGUAGCAUGCUAUGAGGUGCUGUCAUUGGGAGUUCUAGACUUGUUUGCAAGUAAUAUCUACUGCUGAUAAGUCAUUUAACAGUUUAUUUUUUCUGAUAAUGUAUUUAAUGGGUAGCUGAGUGUUGUCACUUUAAACCUUUUAGUAAAAAACAACUAUUAAUGCUUGGUACUCAGUGCUCUUUAGGAUUUAUGCUGAUGGGGACUGGAGGUGUUUGUCCCUCUCUGAAUGCCACAGUUUACUCUAUUCAUGUCACAGUAUGCACAUCUCCUACAUACACCACCCCAAUAUCAAUAUCUGGAGUAAAAUAUUGUUUAAACAGCUGUCUCCCCAUCACUGCCCAACAAGUGAAAGCACUUUCCUAUACAACCAACUCUCAGAUCAUACUUUACCAUGCACAACAAAUUGACAGCCAUGUUCCUUAAUGCUUUGCAGGUGCUGUGGCAUAUUUUGAUUGUUAGUAAGUCAAAUUUUUCUUCAUCCAGUUGGCCCUGAAACCCACAAACUAUAAUUCUUUCAGAAGGUUUAAAAACUUUGUAAUAGUUUUCUUUGCAUAAAACUAUUAAAAUGCUU